AUGUCCAGAUCUCCGUCCUCAUCCAGAGUGGGUUUGGCGGCAGAUGCAGCGGGUUCUUCCUGGAACCAGAAACAGUGGAUAACGGCACUGGUUACUCCAUGGGGUGCAUCGCUCUUCUUUCGUGUUUGUGUGGACAUCCGAUCCGCCAGCGAUCAGCGUGACCAACUGGAUGUACGAGGGAUUUUCCGGAUGGCUGUAGUCAUGUUUAUGGCUUUGGCUGUCGGGGUCCUGGGCGACGGUUGUGUGCACAAGCAGAGAGGCCGCUUUUGA